AUGUCUAUUAACGGAGGAGGGGACAAGCAAUACCUCAGAAUGUAUCACGACACAAUGAAUAUGAAUCAGAGGUUCUACAGAGAAAGUGAGGCAUUUGUGAAGGUUCAAAGAGAUAAAGCGCAUUUAAGAAGUGACGAAAGUCCUGAGAAUAAGGUGCUUUACGAGCCUGCUAUACAACCUUACACAGACUAAAAUAUCGUGCAACGAAGAUUUCCAAUGCUCAGGGAGUAUGAAAAAGCAAAAAAUGUACUUUAGUAAAACUCUCAGUCAAAUGAAUAUUCUUAAAUGGGAUCAGCUGGAUUCAGAUCUCACAGAAAAUAAAAUAAUAGUCAUAAUAAUAACAACAACAGUGAACUUUUUAUGCUUACGAAGCCCACUUUCAGUGAUCAAAUCAGAUAAAGGUUGCUAUUAAGAGCUGAAAAUGGUAUUCCUGUUAGCAAAGUCAAACAAGGAUAAACCUUCAUCCCUAAUAAUCCUGCACAAGCCAAAACAUCUAUUAAAAAUGACAACUUCUAAUUAUUUAGAGAGGAAUAUGAAACUAAAAGAAGAAAAGAUUUUGAAGAUCAUUUGUAAAACAAGUAAAGGAUGGUUGGUCCUACAUUCAAAGCCGGCUACUAUCAUGAUAACAAUACACAAAUGAAAUCUUAGUCUCAAUCAAGACUCAGAUAGAGUGGUGAUUCAUUUAUAAAUUAGUCCAAUAACUUCAGAACGUUUUUGCAAGAGAAGCAAGAGUUGCCAAGACUCUCAAUUCUUCAAAACUAUACCUAAAUCAUGAGAAUAAUGACUCAAAAUUACAUGAAGAGUGUCGACUUUGACAAGAAGUAUAGAAACAGGGAUCAAAAUGAUAUUAUGGGAGAUGAAGAAUAUGUUAAAUUCAAGGAGGAAGAAGUCAACACAAAGAAAAUGUCUACUAUUCUCAAGAGUUUGAAUUCACCAAGAAGAAGAACAGCCCAAAGUUUCAAUCAUAGACAGAGCACAGCACAAGGAGGAUUCAGCAGAACUGAGAGAAGUAUGGGCAGAAAUAAUCUCGCCAAUUCUUAUAACAGUCAGAAUCUGACAACUGCAGGCAGGAUUCAGCAGCUUAACGAGUGA